GGCAGAAUGCUGCCCAACAUGGCUGCUGCAGUACAGUAAAGGAUUAGACAAAAGUAGCAACAGCUGUAUUCGAGAGAAAUCACAAUUUUAAAAUGCUAUUAAUAGUGUCCUGAAAACACCACAAGACCUCUACAUGAAUAUAAUGAAGAGGAUCACUCUGCUGUACAUGAGCAGCAAUUAACUCUUCAGAUAAAAGCCAGAAUUCCUUGCUUCUCUGUACUGGUCCCUGCAGGUGUUGGGUGUGCCUCCUGUGACACUGGCAGCAGAGGUGUUGCCAGGUGGAAGACCAAGGCUGCACCUGCCAAGGCUGCACCUGCCUGCCUUCUCCAUCUUCCUCCAUACUUAUCUGAACCACUUGAUCUGCAGCUUCCACAGGCGGUCGGCUUAGGGGGAUCCAGUCAAGGGCUUCAAGGGUGCGGCAUCCAGACUUGGACAUUGCAGAGAGUCACCAACAGGGCUCUGCCAGGUGGUGUUGGCUGGUUGAGAAGCAGAGCAUGUUGAGUGGCUGUGGUUGCUAUGGAGCCCCAGGAUAAGAAUCAGGAGGAGGAUGCCGUGACCCUGGGCCUAUCAACUGGCCAGGCUCUGCUGAAGCUCCGGGAUCAGCUCAGCAGCCUGCUGGAGCAGCACCAGAGGGCUGAACACAGACAAGCCUCUGCACAGGAACAUUGGGUGAAUUGCUUCCUUUACCAUGGGAACCGUCACUCCUGUCUUCAUUGGCCGGGGGCUGCUUUCACACUUCUGGUGGUGCUGGGACUCUUAUGUUGCCAUGGCAGCCAGCCAAAGGGCAGUUCUGGCAUAGAGCUGGUGAAUGCUGCAGCCCUCCUCUUCCUCUUCCUGCUAAACCUGCUGCUGAUCGGACGUCAGGAGAGGCUGAAGAGGAGUGAGAUGGUCUGGCGACUCAAGGGCAUUAUCACACAGCUCAGUGACUAUCUGUCAGGGUGUGUGGGUGAUGUGCGGUGGUCUCUUUCACUGUACCCAGACCUGUACACACCCUCAUCCCCAUCAUGGUCCCUUCAUUGGACCUACCGUGACUCCCAGCUGGUUAAUCUGCCUGUUAGCCUGCUGGUGGAAGGAGACAUCAUCGCUCUGAGACCUGGUCAAGAGGCGUUUGCAUCACUCAAGGGCAUUAAGGAUGAUGAGCACAUUGUGUUGGAGCCAGGCGAUUUAUUCCCCCCAUUCUCCCCUCCUCCUUCCCCACACGGGCCAAUGAAAAAAGGACCCCAGAACCCCCAGCAUCACCGCCUCUUCAGAGUGCUCCGGACUCCAGUAUUGGAUGCAGUCAGGAACAGUUUGGAGCUGGCGCUCUCUCGGCCAGUCACAGUACUAGAUAACGAGAGGUUUACAGUGCAGUCAGUCAUCACCAAGCUAGCCUGUCCUGUUGUGGUGGUUAUGUUCCUGUUAGUGAACACUAUCCGCUAUUUUUGUGAUGCACCCAGCCUCACUCCUGCCUGCUACAAUUUCUUUCAGCUUCAGGUGAUGGGUGUUCUGCCCAUCUUGCCCCUGCUCUUCCCUAUCAUGUGGGUGUUGGUGAAUGCCUUUGGAGAGGCCAGGGUCCUUGCAGAGUUCAGUCGUGUGUCACCAGUUGGUCUGCUUGCUAAAUUCUCUGAGGACACUCUAAGCAGCUACACGGAAAUGGUUUCUUCCCAGGAGAUGCUGCGUUGUGUAUGGAGGCACCUGGUUGGCAUCCUAAAAGGAGAGUCUCAGACACUCAACUACACUUCAAGCCUUUUGCACAAUCUGGGAUCUGUCACUGUGUUGUGCUGUGUAGACAAGCAGGGUAUUCUGUCGUGGCCUAACCCCAGUCCAGAGACUGUGCUGUUCUUCAGCGGACGGGUCGAGCCACCUCACAACAGCCAGGAUGAUCUCAGAGAUGACCUGUCUGUCAACUCUUACUGCCGAAUUGAGACAGAUGAUGACAGGGAUGAGGCCCAGGAGGCAGAAGCGCUGCUUUGCCUACCAGCAGAGUCCUCCACCCAGCGCGGGGAGAGACCCGAGCCCAGCGAGACCUCACAUGAUACUGCUCGCUCGACUGACACACUCCGACUUCAGCAUCUCUGUCAGCCUGCUCGCAGUCGUACCAAACACCACUCUGGAUCCAACGUGAGCUUCAGCCAUGACACUGAGGGAGGCGAGGACAGCCAGGACUUUGCAAUGGGCUGCCCAGAAGCAGAGGCUGAGGACUUUGUGUGUGACUACCACCUGGAGAUGCUGAGCCUGUCGCAGGACCAGCAGAACCCAGCCAGCAUCCAGUUUGAUGACCUCUCCUGGCAGUGCCACCUGCCGUCCCUCAAGCCUCUGGGCCUCAACAUCAUGCUGAACCUCUGUAACACCAGCGUCACCCAGCAACUCUGCCAGUUCUCUGACCACCUGUCCAACCUGGCUCUGCAGGAAAGCCAUGGCACUGUGCUGCCUGUCUCCGUCCCCUGGGGACUCUGUGAGCUCUCCAGGCUUAUAGGGUUCACUCCUGGUGCAAGAGAGCUGUUCAAACGGGAGAACCACUUAGCUUUGUACCAGCUGCCAUCUGGAGAGAAAACCAAGGAGUUGACCUCCCGCUGCCUUCAUCACUUCACCAAACGCCAGCCUCCCAUCUCCCACCUCAUCUCUCUGCUUGUACGAGACUCUUCCUCCAAUAACAUCCAGAUGCUGUCCCAUGGCUCUGCUGACCUUAUCCUGGAGGCCUGCACAGACUUCUGGGAUGGAAUGGAUAUCUACCCCCUAUCAGGCUCUGACAGAAAGAAGGUUCUGGACUUCUACCAGCGUGCCUGUCUGUCAGGUUACUGCUCAGCCUUUGCCUAUAAACCCAUGCAAGUAUCAUUAUCCAGUCAACUGAAUGGGAAGUGUGUAGAGCUGGCCCCUGGUCCCUGCCUCUUCUCUGGAUUGGAGCUGCCCUCCACCACCCCUAUCAAACACACUUCUUGUAGGAACAGCUGGAGCUCAGAUGAGGGUAUAGGUGAGGGGUUAGAGCGUGAGGACUGUGUUCAGGCUCUGAGCGGGCAGAUCUUCAUGGGCAUGGUGUCAUCUCAAUUCCAGGCGAGGCUGGACACAGUUCGGCUCAUCGAUGCCCUGGUCACUGCUUGCAUUCGUUUUGUUUAUUUUUCAAUGGAGGAUGAGCUCCGCAGCAAGGUUUUUGCAGAGAAGAUGGGUUUAGAGACAGGCUGGAACUGUCACAUCUCUCUGACUCCAAACGGACACGGUCCCUAUGAUGGAGCUCCAUCCAGCCCUAGUCAUGGCUCGCUGCAUGAAGACCUGAACCAAGACUCGCGGGAUGAAGCAGAAGGUCCACUGCUCCCAGAGGAGGAGGCCCACUCAGACCUAGCCAGUUUUCAGCCCACAGACAGCGAUGUGCCCAGCUUCCUGGAAGACUGCAACAGGGCCAAGCUACCUCGUGGUAUCCACCAGGUUCGUCCUCACUUGAAGAACAUUGAUAAUGUGCCUCUUUUGGUGCCGCUCUUUACUGAUUGCACCCCUGACACCAUGUGUGAGAUGAUGAAGAUCAUGCAGGAGAACAGGGAGGUUACAUGCUGUCUGGGAAGCUCCGCCAAUUUCCGCAACAGCCGCCUGUUUCUACAGAGUGACCUCAGCAUCGCUCUGGACCCUUUGUACCCAUCUCAGUGUUCGUGGGAGACAUUUGGCUAUGCCACUGGAGGAGGAUUUAAUGGAGAUGCUGAAGGUUUGUCUCCACUGAGGCUUUCCGGACAGCUCAACAGUCUGGGUUGUUCUGUCACCUUCCACCAAGGAGAGAGCGUCAGCAUGGUCAAGCUCAUAGAGCAGGCACGACACACAACCUAUGGCAUCCGCAAGUGCUUCCUCUUCCUACUGCAGUGCCAGCUCAGUUUGGUCAUCCUCCAGUUCUUGGCCUGUCUGGCUCAGCUUCCUCCUCCAAUGAACACUACUGACAUCCUCUGGCUGUCCUGCAUCAGCUGCCCACUGUUAAGUGUGUCACUUUUGGGGAAACCACCAGACAGUUCAGUCAUGACAGUUGCCACAGGGAAGAACCUAGAUGCCAUACCAAGAAAGACCCAAAACUACUUUCUUGGCUGUUUCCUGUUGAAGUUUGGUGUGACAGUGUGUGCCUACCUGUUGGCCUUUGCAUUUACCCUGCAGGAGGUCUGCCUCAGAAGCAACAGCAAUAUGACUGUCACUUGCCUUCAUAUAUUCAAAGCCAGCUCCUCAAAUGAGGCCCCUCACUGGUUCAGUGAGCUGUCAGAUGGCCUGCUGCUGACUCAGAAGGUCAUGGCAGGGUUCCUUGUUUUACACACAGUGGUGAUCUCCCUCAGCUAUGUCCACCGCUCUCAGCCUCUGUGGAGAAAGAGUCCUUUCAGCAAUACCUGGUGGUGUCUCAUUGUACCUGUGGUUCUGCUCAGUCAGAUUGUUCAGGCCACAGUGGAUUACCAGUUGUGGCACAACCAGGGCAGCUACCUGACCUUUAAGCUGGGUGACAUACCACUGCUAGCCUGGCUACUGGUCUCUCUGUCCUCACUGCUGGUGGUGGUGGUCAAUGAGGUGGUGAAGCUACAUGAGAUACGUGUGCGAGUUCGCUACCAGAAAAGACAGAAGCUGCAGUUUGAAACAAAGCUGGGAAUGAACUCUCCAUUCUGAUGCCUUCCUUCUGAGGACGGUGGUGUCGAGGCAGUACAGGGAACCAAUCAGCACAUUCUGGAAACCAGGGAAGGGCAGGGUACAAAUACUGUAGUGUGCUCCAUUAACACUUUAGCCCAGCAGCACUGCAACCAUCAUGUUUCAGUGGAAGCAUGACACGAAUGUUCAGGCUCCCAGGUCUGUUGAUAUUCUAUCAAUUAUCUGAAGGGUAGAGAGAACAAAUGUCCAAAAUAUUAAUAUCAAAUAGAAAAGCAAAACAAAACAUGCAUCUAUUUAUUGACUGACUUUAGUUUUCAAGGCAUGAAAAAUGUUUUCUGAACUUACAAUCCCUUAUGUUCUCCAUUUCUCAGAGACUUGUGAUUGCUGUCAUUAAUGAAUGCUUCGUUUCUGUCACAGUUCACUGAAUGCUGCUUCACUUUGAAAGGAAAGGAUUUUUUUUGUUGAGUUCAUUUUAGUGUCAUCAAAUCAGACACACUGAAUU